AUGUCCAGCGCAAAGUCUCUCGCUACUUCUCUUCUUCCAUCACCCCAAAAUACCAAGGUCCCAGUUGAACAAUCAUCAAAGCCACAUAAUAAACAUGUAAAAAAGUGUGUCAGGGACUUAAUGAGUGAUUCUCUCUCCCAGUCAAACGCUUCGUCGAUUCACGAGUCCAGUGACAUGAGCAGCAUCACAUCAUUUGAUGACUCUACUAGUGAAUAUGCUAAAGGUGACUCACCAUCACAUUUGGGAUCUUUCUGCUACCCUCUCAACGAAUUGAGAAGAAAGUACAAACGAGAGUUCAAGGAUGCCAUACGUAAGAACUACAAAUACAUGAUGUCUGAAAAUAUCAUGGAUUCAUGCAAGUUGACAGAAAAUGAAUUUUCGGCAUUUGAUUCUGAUGAGGUGAGCAGUGAAAGCAAUGCGAUAAGUUACAAUGAAUUUGUGAGGCAGUACCAGGAGUUAAUCACUUGGCUGACUAACAUGCAUGAGAAUAUCAACCAGAACCAAGUCAAUUGCUGCAAUUCUGAAAAAUAUCUUAAUCAGGCCUAUCAUGAAGAAUUGUUGCAUCGUCUGACUCGCAGAACACAAUUUCAAGAGUAUUCAAGGCAACUGAUUGUUCAUUACCCCAAUAAGCGGAAUGAUAUCUUGGCAAUGUGCAACCGUGUCGACCAAUUGUGGAUGGAACUUGAGAAGGAUGUUGUGCCAGCCAAGUUGGGAAAUCCUCUUUUCGUCAUUGAAGGUUUCAUACAAUUCUUUUAA